AUGUCAAUGAUGGGAAUGCAACAUCAGCAAAAUUUAAAUUCACCUACAGAAUUUAAUAAUUAUAAUAAUAAUUAUAAUAAUAAUUAUAAUAAUGAUAUGAAUAAUAAUUAUAAUAAUGAUAUGAAUAAUAAUUAUAAUAAUGAUAUGAAUAAUUUAGAAACCUCUUCUAGUAAUGUUACUUAUUCAGAAGAAACAAAAGGAUAUAAUUCUUUGGGAGGAGAAAGAAAAGGCCGAAAAUCUAUUUCUAACAAGAAUUUUGGUAAUAAUAAUAAAGAUCAACGUGGAUCAACAAUAUUUAGUAGUCAAAUAGCAUUUGCGAAAGAUGGUAAUGAAAGACAACGUAAGAAACAUGGUGGAUUAAUGAAAUUUUUAUGUUGUGGUAGUAAAUCAUCCUGGAAAAAAUGUUGUUGUAUUGGAUGUUGUAUUUUUCUAUUAAUUGUCGUUGCUAUUGUGGCGGCUGUUUUAUUAUGGGCAAAAGCUCCUGAUGUAGAAUUUGUUGGUAUUGUUGAAUCACCUUUGGGUCAUAAUGAAAAAAUUGGAGGUGGAAAUUUAACCGAUGUUAGCAUUGCUAGUAAAGCAAAUACCACAAUUAAAUUUCCAUUCUCAGUAAAUUAUGAUUCAGAUAUUGAUCCAGGUUUUUCAAUUUUAUCGGAUAUUGCUAUAAAAUGUGGAUUAACUGGUGGUACAAAAGAAAAAUUGGAAAUAGAUUAUACAUUGACUUUAUCAUUAAAAGUUAUAUUAAUUACUGUUAGUCCUACUUUUAAUAAAAAAGCUUAUAUUGAUUGUCCUAUUAAGUUAAGAAAAUCAAGAGAAAAUUCUCAACUUCAUUAG